GGAAAACGUAUUGAAAUGACGCUUAGUGCGUUCUAUUCGUAGCAAAAGUGCAAUGCAAAUUUAUGUGUAUUCUAAUUUUGUUUCUGCCAAAUUUUUUGGUUUUUCUCUUGGAAAUCUGGUGUAAUUGUAAAUUUGGUGAAUUUCGUUGGACAGACCAGAAAGCAUACGAAUAUAUACUAAAAUAAGCACACACAUACAUAUGUAUAUGUAGUAUUUAAAAAUACGCCAAAAUGAAAGUGUUUUUCACACGAUUUUGUCAUUUCUAUUUGUGUGUUUUCAAAUUUUCGCUUCCCUUCGGUAUUUACUUUCGCCAACUUUGCUUGAUGUGACGGUUUUUCCAAGCGAGCGGUGUAUAAAUAUUGUUUAGUGAAUAAAUAAAAAGUAAUCAUUAUGGCGUGCUCAACGAAAACUUUGAAAAUAUAUGCCUUGAUAUGGGAUGUCCUUUAUGCGCUCCUUGGCUUGGCAAUCCUUGGCAUUGGUCUGUAUGUCCUAUUGACGCUUGAGUAUUUCAGCACGAUCGGCUACGUGACACCCGGUUUGGGUCUUGUAGUGAUCUUGACCGCUGUUUUGGGCUUACUCGGUGCGGCACAUGAAAGCAGUCGGAUAACCAAAACCUUCGCCAUAAUUUUAGUCGUAUGGGUUAUACUACAAACGCUGGCAGUUGGCUUCUUUUGGAUAUUCGCAAAUGAAAUAAUGAUCAAUAUCGAAAGCACUUUCGAUCAGUCAUGGGGUCAUCCCACAUUGCCGUUAAAACCGGGUAACAGUAGUCAUAUAGCGAACAUUGAGAGAUGGCUCGAUUGUUGCGGACGUGCCGGCUCUAGCGACUACAUGCUGCCACCACAUAGCUGUUACAACAGCGACACGGACAAGCUUAACCUGGAAGGUUGCCGGCAAAAGCUACUCGAUUAUUUUUCCGAACGUUGGGAGGCAUUUAAUUACUUCUCUAUCGGUUUGGUGUGUGUUGAGCUGAUUUGUGCUGUCUUCGCUUGGGUCUUGGCAAAUAGCAUUGUGAAUCGUUGGCGCCGCUCGAAAUACUAUCCCAAAUAAGCAGUUUGGAAGGUGAUUAAUUUAAAUGCGCAUAAAGGCCAAAGAAUUUUUUUUUUGUAUAUUUUCACAUUCAAAUAUACAUACAUACAUACGCUUACAUAUAGAGAGGAAUAUGUAAAUGCAGUUAAAAAACGUACAUACUUGUACAUACCAAUCGAUGUAUUUUAUAUUUCAUUUUAUUUUUUUUUAAUUUUUUUGCUAUUUAAUACAUAUAGAGCCAAUCUUUUUUUCUUUGCAAACAACGGUAAUGUAUAAGAGUGUUUGUUCUAUCGCUGAGAAGAAAAAAGAAAAAUUAUGAAAUUCAUUUUGCUAGUCUACCUCAACAUGCUCAUAAAUUAGCUAAGCUUCUAAUUAUGUAUAUAUAUAUAUAUAUAUAUGUACUCACGUACUGUUCGCAAAGCGCAGCUCAAACCACAAUCAGCUUAGCUGGGAAAUACAAUAUCAGGCUGAUAAAUAACAAACACACACAUACAAAUGUAUUUAAAAUGAAAUUUAAAUAAACGAAAAUUAUUGAAAAAUUUUCGCGCUCUAACGAAAUGAUAGUGCCAAAUAAGGUGUUCAAUCGGAAGUGAAUUUUGUGUAAAAAAAAAAUUAAAAAAUAAAGAAUUUUUAUUAAAAAAAAUUUUUAAAUUAAAAA